AUGACGCUGAAUUCAGCCACCUCCCGUUCAAAACCAGCCGCGUCGGAAGUCGCCAUCACAUCGAGGUGGUGCAAUAGGGCGCUGCGCCCUUUAACCUCCACUAUAUUGCGUCUGGAAAAGCAUUGGAAGGUAACGCGCAUGGGGGUUCCAACGCUGAACCAUACCACUGCCACUGCGGUUGAGUUAAGCCAUACGGCGGCACAAACGGAGCGACUAGCUCCCGAGUCCGAGUCCGAAUCCACGCCCGAUGAUCCAACUUGGGUUCCGGGUGGUGCUGCGCGCAGGCGUAUUAAGCAUAAAUAUUCUGCUCGUACUGGUAGCAGGUCAAGGGUCGUCGUGAAGAGCCCCGAGACUCAGAAGCUUCAGCCGGGGGAGUUUUCAAUACCCACGCCGCUUAUCCACGAGAAAAAAAGACACCAUCGAGAAGCCCAGGAGCCAAAUGGAGUCGCCGGUGGGACGAUUGCAAACGCCAACGAAGACUCGUCGCUUGAAAAUUCCCGUCCGGGCCCUGUGAAGCGGAGAUUAUCUGCUUACGGAUGGAAUAGCCGGAAGACUUGGACGGAUGCAUGUAAUGAAUAUAACGAGCCGUCUACGAGUCUUGGAGCAAGAUCGCUUAUGCGCAUGGCUCUGGGCACAACUUCCACGUACAUUGCGAGGGAACAGGAGGCUGUGGAUAAUUGCGAGGACAAGGACGAAAAGGUCGACAUCGCCAAUGUUAUUUUCACAGAGCUAGAAAAAAUUUUGGUCUAUUCCAUACGCUAG